AUGUCCAAACCAAACUGCUCAUCUGAGGUGCUGAGCUGUGCUCAGGAAUUACUGUGUAACUCCACCUUCUCAUUAAACCUGAGUGAAAUGGAGAUGGAGGAUUAUUGCCUGAGCCUGGAUGAUUAACUGGAGAAGUACCUGGGUCCUCGGCGUGCCCCCGUCUUCCUGCCUGUGUGCAUCACUUACCUGCUGAUCUUCAGCAUGGGAGCAGUGGGGAACACGCUUACCUGCGCUGUGAUCACACGCCACCCAGUCAUGCACACACCCACCAACUUCUACCUGUUCAGUCUGGCCGUGUCCAACCUGCUGGUGCUCAUUCUCGGCAUGCCGCUGGAGCUCUAUGAACUGUGGAGUAACUACCCCUUCCUGCUCAGGAAGAGUGGCCGCUACUUCAGAACCUUCCUGUUUGAGACGGUGUGUUUCACCUCCGUGUUGAACGUGACAGUGCUCAGUGUGGAGUGCUACAUUGCCAUCGUGCACCUACUGAGGGCAAAAUGUAUGGUGACAUGCACCCAUGCCAAGCGUGUAAUCAUCUGUGUUUGGAUUGUAUCCAUGAUUUGUGCACUGCCCAAUGCGAGCCUGCAUGGAAUUGUAAUGUUGCCAAAACCCCGUGGGCAUGGAGAGGGGCACGAGUUGAGCUCAGCUAUGUGCACACUGGUGAAACCACACUGGAUCUAGAACCUGAUUAUACAUAUCAGCACACUCAUCUUCUUCAUCCUGCCCAUGUUGACCAUCAGCACACUCUACCUGCUCAUUGGCAUCCAGCUGAAGAGGGAGAUGCUGCAGGCUAGCUGUGAGAAAAAUGGCUACAGAAACGGCAGUGUGUGUACUCGACAGCCACGAACACGAAAACAACAGGUCACCAAGAUGCUGUGUGAGGAAAACAGAAACACUCUGAGCAUUUUUACUCUCUUGUAG